AUGACGUCACCUUCUCCGUCUCCAUCCUCCGUCCCGCGCAAACGAUCGAAAAAAGCUCCGAAGAACAACAAGUUAUCGAAUUUGAAUUUCGCAGAUCUUCCAUCAUGCCUAUUGGAAGUGAUCAUGUCUCAUCUCGUUCUCAAAGACAACAUCCGUGCCUCUGCAGCUUGCAAGUCAUGGCUCGAAGCUGCAGUCUACGUCCGCUCAGUUGAACAACAUCCAUGGCUCAUGUGCUUCCCUAAACGCGGAAGCUCCUUUAACUUCCGCGACCCCUUGCAAUGGAAGCUCCACACUUUGAACCUCCCAGAGCUAGCUAAAUCCAACGUCUGUUGCACAAGAGACGGCUGGUUGCUAAUGCGUCGCAGAUCCGUGUCCAACGAGCUCUUCUUCUUCAACCCUUUCACUCGAGAGCUCAUAGCAUUACCUAAGUUCGAUCUCCAUUUCCGUGAGAUUGCAUUCUCUUCUCCUCCAACAUCAGAUGGCUGCGUUGUGGUGGCGUUGAACUUCGUCACAGAGUAUCUCGUCAGUAUCAGCACUUGGCAUCCAGGAGCUACCGAGUGGACUUCUCAAGACUUCCCUACCGAUUUCGAUCAACGUCAUACGCAUAACCUCCUUGUGUACGCGAAUGAUCGGUUCUACUGCUUCACGGCGGAGAGAGGCUGCUUGUAUUCGUUUACCCCUUCGUCACGGAAAUGGAACUUUCUUGCCUCUGCGUAUAUGUAUUUUCACAUGAGGUUUGAGUUGAACGAGAGGGAAGUUAGCUUGGCGGAGAGGAAAGGAGAGCUCUUUCUCAUGUUUACGAGCCGUGUGAAGAAGCCGGUGAAGGUUUAUAAGCUAGUGACUACGCAUUGGGAGGAGAUGAAAGGUGAUAAGCUUGAUGGCUUGACGAUCUUUAUCAGCUUUUUUAAUGCGGAGGUGAGGAAGGAUUUGCCGUGGAUGAGGAACAAUGUGUGUUUCUCGAGGUUUGGUUAUAAUCGGAAGAGCUGUCUCUCUUACUCUUUUGAUGAGAGUAGGUACAAUCGACGUGAGGAGUGGUUGGAGCUUUGUCCUCCUCAGAGUAUUUGGAUUGAUCCGCCGAAGAAUGUGUUGGAAUAUUUGUGA